ACCGGAAGUGUCUGACACACCUGUGGUCUUCCUCUGAUCAGCGCCAGCUUCAUGAAGGACUCUUCAGGUCUGCAUGAGACCUCGAACACGGAAACUCUACAGAGACUCGUUCAGAGGAAGAGACUCUUCUUCUCCUGUUCCGAUGCAGAUCAGAAUAGUCCACUACAGACCAGAACCAGGGCCAGCUGAGGAGGACCCGCAUCACUCGAGACUGGACCUGCUGGACUCAUGAGGACCAGAUGACCCGCAGAAGACGACCUGAGCACGCUGGAGAUCCGAAGUUUGCAGGCUGCAACGGGGAAGCUCUCAGUGGACGGUUCGCUGCAGACGUCCAGCAGUGAGCUGCAGGACACCAUGAGACGUCUGGGCUCCAGCUCGGAGGACCGGUCCCGCCUCACUUCCGCCCUCUCCUGUCUGAAGAGUGUAAAUGAAGCAGGUGACUCAGGGUCCCUCAGCUCGGACCCCUCGCAGGACAGCGAUGCUUUCUCCCCCAUCAGCCCCCCCUCCAUCUCCUUCAGCCCCCCCGUCCCCCUGCAGCCCGGCACCAACCACGGACGCUCCAUCUCCAUCUCAGUGGUGCCGUGCUCCGAGGAGCAGAGGAAGUACAUGUCUGCAGAGGAGAUGACGGACGCCUUCGCUCCGGAGCCGAGCACGCCUCCGCCCGGCCGAGCCUCGAAGACACGCACCGCCAAGACCUGCCGGACCCCGCCUCCACCUUCACGCAAACUGCUGCAGCUCCUCCCCAACAUCAACCUGACCCGGAGCAAGAGCCAGGAGUCCCAGCUCGCCAACCGCAUCGAAGAUCCCGCAGCACACAGGUCCGGUAAGAAGAACAAAGGUUUGGCUGCGAUCCACAUCAAUGGCUCGGGUCUCUCUCCUGAGGAUCCAGCUCUAUGCUCGCCUCCACUGUCUGCACGGACGCCUGGUCCUGUCCCCUCCUCGGCCCCGUACAUGAUGACGGCGCACCCCUCCCUGCUGCUGGACGGUGUGAGCGUGCACAGGAGCUCCCCUCAGACGCUGAGGAGAGACAUCGGCCUCGCCGUGACACACAGGUUUUCCACCAAGUCGUGGCUCUCUCAGACGUGUCAGGUGUGUCGGAGGAGCAUGAUGUUUGGAGUCAAAUGCAAACACUGCAAGUUAAAGUGUCACAACAAAUGCACCAAAGACGCUCCCUCCUGUCGGAUCUCAUUCCUCACACUGCCGAGGAUGCGCCGAGCAGAGUCAGUCCCGUCAGAUAUCAAUAACCGUAUCGAUCACACGGCAGAGAUCCCGCUGCAGUUCAGGACUUUACCCAAAGCCAUCACCAAGAGGGAGCCCCUCCCCAGUUUGAACCAGUUGGACUCCAGCAGUAACCCCUCCUCGGCCACCUCCUCCACGCCGUCCUCCCCCGCCCUCAUCCAGCAGAGUAACCCCCCCAGCGUCAGCGCCACACCCCCUCCUCACCCGUCACCGCAGGGCUGCCGGGACGAGCGCUUCCACUUCCCAGACGUUCCUGCGUCGUCUCAUCCUGCGGGUCAACACGGCGGCGGCUACUACGAGCCGGGAACGUCACAGGCCGACGUCACAGAGACUCAGCUUACUGCAGGAGAACGAGGAGGGGCCGAGGCGGAGGAAGAGGAAGCAGCCGACCAGAGCAGCAGGACGAAGAGCCCCGAGGAGGGGGACGAGGACGGGCUGGAGGACCUCCCACCGAUCUGUCGCCGCGGGGUCGUUGGGCGCUGGAGGGGCCCGAUCUCCAGGAAGGCGAGUCAGACCAGCGUGUACCUGCAGGAGUGGGACAUCCCGUACGAGCAGCUGCAGCUAGGGGAGCUCAUCGGAAAGGGUCGCUGGGGGAAGGUGCACAAAGGCCGCUGGCACGGCGAGGUGGCGAUCCGCCUGCUGGAGAUCGACGGGAACAACCAGGACCACCUGAAGGUGUUCAAAAAGGAGGUGAUGAACUACAGGCAGACCCGGCACGAGAACGUGGUGCUGUUCAUGGGCGCCUGCAUGGCCCCGCCCCACCUCGCCAUCAUCACCAGUUUCUGUAAAGGGAUGACUCUGUACUCUGUUGUAAGAGAAAGAGGUCACCUGCUGGACAUCAACAAGAUCAGACAAAUCGCACAAGACAUCGUAAAGGGCAUGGGUUACCUGCACGCUAAAGAAAUCAUCCACAAAGACCUGAAGUCAAAGAACGUUUUCUACGACACCAACAGGGUCGUGAUCACAGACUUCGGUCUGUUCGGGAUGUCUGGAGUCGUACAGGAGGGAAGAAGAAAGAACGUGUUGCGGAUACCUCGCGGCUGGAUCUCUUACCUCGCUCCAGAGAUCGUUUGUAAAAUGAGUCCAGAGGAGGACGAGGAUCAGCUGCUGUUCUCCAAAGCUGCAGACGUUUACGCCUUCGGCACGAUCUGGUACGAGAUGCAGGUCGGGGACUGGCCCAUCACUGAUCUUCCCGUGGAGGCUAAAAUCUGGCUGGCAGGCAGCGGCGAGGGCAUAAAGAAAGUCCUAGCAGACGCCAACCUGGGCAAAGAGGUCACGGAGAUCCUCUCCGCCUGCUGGUCCUCUGAAGCCGAUGUCAGGCCGACUUUCACCCAGCUGUCCGACAUGCUGGAGAAACUCCCCAAACUGAACCGCCGGCUGUCUCACCCCGGACACUUCUGGAAGCCCACAGAGUACGUAUCAUAGAGCCGGGGACAGACCGAGUCCUCCCUCACCUGGAGGAGGAGUGAGGACGUUUCAGACUUUAAAAAAGGGAGCGACAGAGCGCCACCAAGAGGAACAAAGUGUAAAUAAGAAUCUGUAGAGAAUGUGAAUACGAUGAAUCUGUCCUGCUGAGUGUGAACGAACAUCACUUUCUAAUGUGACUUCAAUCUGUGGAGCAAACUCUGGUAGACUUGUGUUUUAGUGUUUACCUCCUCUUCACCUCCUUCAUCUUUAUUUCCAUCCUGUUUCUCACCCUCCCUCCUUCCGUCCCUCUCUCUCUCUCUCUCUCUCUCUCUCUCUCUCUCUCUCUCUCUCUCUCUUUUCCUCUCCUCCGGCUGCCGGCUGAUCUCCUCCGACCUUCUCCUCCGUUUUGUCAUCUCUUUCUGUGCUCACCUGUCCUCCAUCCCUCCUGACGUCUGUCUCCUCCUCCUCCUCGCUGUGUUUCUCCUCCUGAUGAAGGCUGUGGGAUCAUCAUCAUCAUCAUCAUCAUCAGUGUCUGAGAGAUCACUGCCAUCAGGGCCUUCAUGCACAUUGUCCAGACCUGUACAAAUACUGCAGCUGAGACUCACAGAGGAUCUUUUAAAGUAAAGGUGUGUGUUUUUAUCCGCUGGGAUCUGCGUCACAUCUCACCUUCUCCAGAAACAGGAGAACCAGGCUGGCUCUGCUGAUAUCAUUUAAUAUCUGAAGUAUUGAUGAUUUUAUUAACUCCAAAUUCAAUCUGACACGUUAUUUUUAUACAGCUCAGUAUCUGAAGAAAGUGAAAGGUGUGAUGAUUCAGAAUAAAGGAGUAAAAAUAACAUCUGAACAGCUGUUUGAAUGUGCACAGAUGUUUAAAUGCACCUGUAGAGACUCGCUGAAUCAGAGUAAUGUCUAAAUAAGACACUGAGGGCGAGUUGAGGAGAUAUAUUGCACACAGUCAAUGCAACGAACAAAGUCUGCUGCGUUACUCCAGCUGGAAACGUUGAUCCUUUAAUCCAUGAGUCUGUGAGGCUACACAAGAGUCAAAAUGAAAUAUAAAACUGGAAACAGGCUGCACACAGACACAGUCAGAAAACUGUCCGCUUCAAGACUCUGCUUUACACACAGUAAGCCAAGGCUCCCCCUGGUGUUCAGGGUCAGAACUGCAGUUCAACAUCAUUCUCAUGUACAACACUGCUUUAACUACGCUGCAACAAAUGUGAAGAUGAUCCGUAAAUUAAAACAAGUGAGCCGGGUGUAACAAAAACAAAUAUUCAGACUUAUUUUUUAAACUCUUUAAAGUCUCUGAAAUCAAAUCCUGCAAGUCCUCAGACUGUGAAAGUUAUUGCACGUAUCAGGCGACGUCUUGUUGUGAGAAUUAAACUGUAAAAUAAAUGAGAUAUCCCUGA